AGGGAGGGGCGGCGGCGCGAGCGGCGGCGGCGGCGGUUCCAGGAUGAAGAGGAGAGCUGGCCUGGGGGGCAGCAUGAGGUCAGUGGUGGGCUUCUUGUCCCAGCGGGGCUUGCAUGGGGACCCCCUGCUCACUCAGGACUUUCAGAGGAGACGCCUGCGGGGCUGCAGAAACCUCUACAAGAAGGACCUCCUCGGCCACUUCGGCUGUGUCAAUGCCAUUGAAUUCUCCAACAAUGGAGGCCAGUGGCUGGUCUCAGGAGGAGAUGAUCGCCGGGUUCUGCUGUGGCACAUGGAACAAGCUAUCCACUCCAGAGUCAAGCCCAUACAGCUGAAAGGAGAGCAUCAUUCAAAUAUUUUUUGCCUGGCUUUCAACAGUGGGAACACCAAAGUAUUCUCUGGAGGAAAUGAUGAGCAAGUUAUCCUGCAUGAUGUUGAAAGCAGUGAGACCUUGGAUGUGUUUGCUCAUGAAGAUGCGGUGUAUGGCUUGUCAGUGAGCCCAGUGAAUGACAAUAUUUUUGCCAGCUCCUCAGAUGAUGGCCGGGUUCUCAUCUGGGACAUCCGGGAGUCUCCCCAUGGAGAGCCCUUCUGCCUGGCAAACUAUCCAUCAGCCUUUCACAGUGUCAUGUUUAACCCUGUGGAGCCCAGGUUAUUGGCCACAGCUAAUUCAAAGGAAGGAGUGGGACUCUGGGAUAUUCGAAAACCUCAGAGUUCUCUCCUGCGCUAUGGCGGCAACCUGUCCCUCCAAAGUGCUAUGAGUGUGCGAUUCAACAGCAACGGGACCCAGCUCCUGGCCCUGAGGCGUCGCCUGCCCCCCGUGCUCUAUGACAUCCACUCCCGCCUGCCUGUGUUCCAGUUUGACAAUCAGGGGUACUUCAACUCUUGCACCAUGAAAAGCUGCUGUUUUGCAGGAGAUCGUGACCAGUAUAUCCUUUCAGGCUCUGAUGACUUCAACCUGUACAUGUGGAGAAUUCCUGCAGAUCCAGAAGCAGGUGGCAUUGGUAGGGUGGUCAACGGAGCCUUCAUGGUGCUGAAAGGGCAUCGAUCUAUUGUUAACCAGGUCCGAUUUAACCCCCACACCUACAUGAUCUGCUCUUCUGGUGUAGAAAAGAUUAUCAAGAUCUGGAGUCCGUACAAGCAGCCAGGAUGUACCGGAGACCUGGACGGUCGGAUUGAGGAUGAUUCCCGCUGCCUUUAUACCCACGAAGAGUACAUCAGCCUUGUGCUGAACAGUGGGAGUGGCCUGUCGCAUGACUACGCCAACCAGUCUGUGCAGGAAGACCCCCGAAUGAUGGCCUUCUUUGACUCCCUGGUGCGCCGCGAGAUCGAGGGCUGGAGCUCUGACUCAGACAGCGACCUUAGCGAGAGCACUAUCCUCCAGCUGCACGCAGGGGUCAGCGAGCGCUCGGGCUACACUGACUCAGAGUCCUCGGCCUCGCUGCCCCGCUCCCCUCCGCCCACAGUGGACGAGUCUGCCGACAGCGCUUUCCACCUGGGACCCCUGCGGGUCGCCAACACAAAUGCAGUGGCGUCAACCCCGCCACCGCCUACGUGCGAGGAUGCAGCCUCUCGCCAGCAGCGCCUGUCUGCUCUGCGCCGCUACCAGGACAAACGCCUCCUGGCCCUUUCCAACGAGUCCGAUUCGGAAGAGAAUGCCUGUGAGGUUGAACUGGACACCGAUCUCUUCCCCCGGCCACGGUCUCCCAGCCCUGAGGAUGAGUCCAGCAGCUCCAGCAGCUCCAGUAGCUCCGAGGACGAGGAGGAGCUUAAUGAACGCCGAGCGUCCACGCGGCAGCGGAAUGCCAUGCGGCGCCGCCAGAAGACGCCCCGAGAAGAGAGGCCCAGCGCCCCAACCAAGAGCGCCGGCACCUACAUCGGCGAAGACAACUAUGAUUACCCCCAGAUCAAAGUGGAUGACCUCUCCUCCUCCCCCACCUCCUCCCCUGAGCGGAGCACGUCCACUCUGGAGAUUCAGCCAAGCCGGGCGUCGCCAACUUCUGACAUAGAGUCAGUUGAGCGAAAGAUUUAUAAAGCUUACAAGUGGCUUCGCUACUCUUAUAUCUCCUACUCCAAUAACAAAGAUGGAGAGAGCUCCCUCAUGUCUGGGGAGGCAGAUGAAGGGAGAGCGGGAACCAGCCACAAGGACAACCCAGUCCCUUCUUCUAGUAAGGAAGCCUGUCUGAACACGGCCAUGGCCCAGAGGAGCCAGGACCUGCCCCCUGAAGGCCGCAGCAAGGACACUUUUAAAGAAGGGACUUCUGCCAGAAAUCCCAGCAAUGGCCCAGGCCAUGAGCACAGCGGCCACCCUUGGGCAGAGGCACCAGAGGACACCUCUCAGGACCCUAACAAUGGUGGCUCUGUAGAACACUCUUUUGAAACCAAGAAGCUUAAUGGAAAGGCCCUGAGUAAGGCCCUGAGCAGCCGGGCUGAGGAGCCACCCUCUCCUCCUGUCCCCAAGGCAUCUGGCUCCACCCUCAGCAGCGGGUCUGGCAACUGUCCCAGGACCCAAUCUGAUGACAGUGAGGAGAGGAGCCUCGAAACCAUCUGUGCCAACCACAACAAUGGACGCUUACACCCCCGCCCCCCUCACCUCCACAACAAUGGGCAGAACUUUGGGGAGCUGGAGGCAGUGGCCUGCUCUUCCCCAGGACAUUCAGACACUGACCAUGAUAACUUGUCCCUGACAGGGACGCUCCUACACAAAGGUUGUUGUGGGUCUGAAAUGGCCUGUGAGACCCCCAGUGCUGGAACGAGAGAGGACCCUACUGACCCCCCAGACACAGACAGCAGCAGGGCUGUUCAUGGCCAUAGUGGCCUCAAAAGGCACCGAGUUGAAUUGGAAGAUACAGAUUCAGAGAAUUCCUCCUCAGAGAAGAAAUUAAAAACAUGAUAUAUACAAAGGGAAAACAAAAAGCUACAAAAAGUAGCUUUAUAAAAAAAAUUUUAAAUCCUGUUUAGUGAACACAAAGGAAAGGAAAAAAGUAUUAAAGACACAUAAAACCA